AUGUUCGCUCUUUUAAAAUUAUGCAGUAAAUACAAGACCAGAUCACUGAAAUGGCUUCAUGGCAAGGCGAAACGCGAAAAGAGUAAAGAGUAUUUGCUAUGCUUGAGAAAAAAGGAAGCGCCUGUACAGGAAUCUCACAGGCGUGAAAAGGAAGUUAAAAUUGCUAAUACCUGCAAAGAAGAUAAAUUGAGUAAAAAUUUAUCAGAAACCAUAGAUUUAGACGAAUCUGAUGUGGAAUAUAGCUCGCCGAUUAAGAGUAAAGAAGAAAAUAGAGAAAUAUACGAAGAAGAUAUUGAAGACACAGCUAAUGAUGUGAAGGUAGAAAUGCUGGCGGAGGUGGUUGUAAAGCCCGAGGAAGUGGUAGGAAAGCCGAAGGAGGUAGUUGGACAGCCCAAGGAGGUAGUUGAAAAAACAAAGAAGGUGCUUGAAAAGCCAACUGAAGUGGUUAAAGGGCGAAUAGAAUUGUUAGAAAAACAAAUUGAGGAGUUCAAAAAGCCAGAUUUGGAGGAGACCAAAACCGAAUCAAUAUAUAAAAAUUCUCAAAAAAGGGCGCGUUCCCCAACACCUGACCUGGAAAUAAAUUUCAACGAAAAUAAGAAACACCAACCGGAACGGCCAACUUCGUCACAAUUAUACAGACAAAUUAAUGAAAUGUUUCCCAAACACGAUGAAGUUAUUGGAAAUCAUGUAAAACAUAACAGUACCACAUUAGAUGCAGUAGAUGAAAAUAUGGCACGACUAAUGUUGGACAUUCAAACACUGAAUGAGAUUUUGCAAGCAAAAGAAACAGAAUGGAAUCGCUUGUUGAAUUUGAAAAGAGUUAAAGAAGAGAUGUUGGGAAGAUUAUCGCGCGCUAAGCAGAUAAUUGGCAUAAAAGAGCGUAAAUUUGAUGAAUAUAAAUAUAGCUUGCAAGCACUUAAAGAAUUGGAAACAUAUUUGUCGGAGUCGCAAUCGCCAUCAACAACUUCGAUCAAUAUAGGGCUUUCCACCACGCACCAGCUAAUUGAAAGUCGUGCUAGUAUGAAGACAGAAGAAUUGCAAAAGGAACGCAACAAUACAAAUCGUUUACAAAACAUUUUAAUAUCCAGCAACAUUCUACAGCGCGCUGACGCCGCAAAUUAUGAAAUGGAUGAUGUCAAAAGCGAUUCGCCACCCCUUCACCACACAGCAUUUAAGGAUGAUAGCCCAGAGCUGCAAAAACUACAGUAUUUGGAACAAAAAAUCAAAUCAAGAGUAGGUAGACAGGGGCAAUUUAUAGACGUAAAGAGCAUGGUUGCUGAUUUUCGGCAACAAAAUCCCGUUGUUUUUCCACGCGUCGGAAAGCGUAUUAAAGCAAGCGAUGCUGGUUACAGUGUGAGAGCGCUUAGUACGCCACCAAAUUGUGUUGAUGCGAAUAGUAUGUUUAUGGAAACAUCAUAUAAUGGCAAUGGAUCAAAUUAUACACCAACAUUGGAGAAAUUGCUUAGUAAAUCAUCUCGAAAUAAUAGCUCGUUACAUGUUAAGCCCAGUGCACCAAUUACACAAGGAUUUAAAUUUAACACAGAUAGCCAAAAAAGUUACUACCGUCUACAAAGUGAUGGCGGUUGCAAUGAAAUUUCCAUCACGCCAGUGAACUGUGUAAAUCGCUAUCCACAAAGAAUACAAAAUACAAAAGCAGGACUACUUCGAACGGCACUAGAUGUGGUAAGUAGUUAUAAAUUGAAGUAAAAUCAAAAUAUUAAAUUACACGCUCAUAAAAGUCAGAGAUUUAGC